AUGCAAGAACUCGAGCGUGUGAAGCUAGAAUCGGCGGAGCAUGCGCACGAGAUCCAGUCCCUGCAGAAGAAGCUGCAGACUGCUGACGAGAAGCUGGCCAAGGCGAAGAGCGAAAGUGAAGCAACUCAAUCGCUUGUGGAGGCUCUGAAGGAAGACACCAGCCGGUUGGCUGACCAGGUAGCGCAGUAUGAGCAGAAGGAAGCCAUUUCGGAGAAGGAGAUUGCGGCCUUGACUGAUGCAAAGCGAGAGCUCGAAGAACAGCAGGAACAAGCUCGUGAAGCUAAGGCGACAAUGGAGAAGCAGCUGGAAGAGGAGCGUGCGUACUGGACGUCAAAGCUGGAGAAUUUAAUCACUGACAGUGACGCAGCAAACACCAAGGCGGAGACGCUUGAGGCUGAGUUGCGCGAAAAGGAGAAGCAGGUCACGAAGAUGGCAGCCUCUCAGACGUCCAUGACGUCCGAGCUGAUGGAGCUACAGAAGCAGGUAAGCAGCAUGCGUGAAGACCUGGCCAUAGCUGCGGAGGGUCUGGAGGCGCAUGCCACGAAGGCGGAGGCCAACGAGCGCCGCUACAUCCAGAGCGAGAAGGAGGCCACAGAACUGAAGAAGCAGCUUGACGAAAUGCGCGAAAAGCACCAUGAAAACUUCGAAAUGCUUCGACAAGAGAAGGAGGCGGAGUUGGAGCGUGUUCACACCGAGCGGCGUACGCUCAUGAACGAGAAGAAGGAGCUCUCUCGGGAGAAGGACGAACUUUCGGCGCGAUGCAAGUCGUUGGAGCGGGAGUUGGAGGCUGCGCGGAAGCACGAGGAGGAGCUGGAGACAUCUUUGAGCGAGCAGACGUCCCAGGUGGGCAACUUGAGCGUAGAUCUGGCCGAGACAAAGAAGUCUCUGUCUGAUCGCAUGGCACUUGCGACCAGAUUGCAGACUGAGAACAUGGGCAUGGCCGGUAAGCUGGCAGAGCAGGUUGCCUUGAUUGAGGGCGCACUACGCGAGGCGGCCAACAGUAAGACCGCACAACAGGAGAUGGAAGCGCAAGUUCAGGCGGCCAAGGCUGAUGUGCAGCGUAUGAAGCAAAGUGAGGCCCAGGCCAAGCAAGACUUGGAGAACGUUCAAGGUGAUAUGAGGAAGCAAGAGGAGAGAUUCCAGCAAGAACGCGAGGAGGCCAAACAGGCACUUCAGACUGCCGUCCAGAACGAAAAGCUGAACUUCAAGCGCGAGCUUGACCGUCUUGAGGCGGAGAGCAAGCACAAGUCCAAGCUGGCGCUGCAAGCGGUGUUGGAGAAGGAGAAGGAAAUUGCUCGACUGAGCGCCCGUCUUCAUGAGCUGGAGGAAGACGUGCGCUCGGGCGGCGCAGACAACCGCAAGAUUCUCGAGUUUGCCCAGGUGCAGGCUAAACGAGAGGCUGAGCAGCGCGAGCAAGCAGCACAGAUGCAGGCGUUGUCGCAGCAGCUCGAAGAAGCCCAUCGCGAGGUGCAGGAGCUGCGCGAUGACAAGCGUCGCCACGCUGAGGAGCUUACUGCAAUGCUGCAGAACCAGCGCCGCGACGGUGUCAACAUGGAGUACCUCAAGAACGUUGUGGUGCAGUACAUGUUGUUCCGACCGGGCUCUUCUCAGCAGACACGGCUAGUGCCAGUGCUUUCGACGCUGCUCCAGUUCACCGCUGCUGAUAUCAAGGAGAUCAAGCACGCAGCUCGUCGUGGCAGUAGCUGGACAUCGUGGGGUAGUACCGACACUGGUCUUGACUACAAGCCCAUCGUCGUCGGUGCUGGCCAUCGCCACCCGAUGGCCCCUCCAUCGUCAAAUACCACACAAGAAAGCAGCGGGCGAAGGUCUCCACUCAGUAGGAUGGGCUCAGCGCCCGUACCCCGGGUUUCUCCGCCGUCGGGAUCUCCGGAGUCUUCUCGAGCCUCCAGCUUUUUCUUGCCCAGCGGCGGCCAUGACGAGCCAGCGGAUCCAUCAGCAGAUAGCGCUGACUUCUAG